AUGAAGCCCAUCGUUACAUGCGCCGUCGCGGGUCUCCAGUACCUUAUUCAUCCUCAGAAACUUGGCUCUAUUCAAGAAACCAUCAAUUCAGACGCCAUCAUCCCGAUCACGCUCCUUACCACCGACGAGGUCUUCGGCGACCUCGAGGGGCUACUUCAGCUUCUCGAUGACUAUGAUGACGUCUUCAUUCCGGACUUUGGUUCCGUGCUGGUAGAAAAGCCAGGAAAUGGCAAUGCAAGUGCAGUGAACUCUCUCGAGGACUCUUCGGCGCGGCAGGUUUACCACCUCGAUGACAUCGUCGGGCUGAGCGACGACUUUGCGGAAUUGCCAUCCGGGCCUUACUUUUUGCACGGGCCGAAUCUCCACCAAGCUUGGAGGCUGUAUGACGAUGACUUGGGGGCAUUUGCCUUUGGUGUUAUUCCCGACGACGUCAAUCACCCAGACGAGUUCCAAGUCCUGAGUUCAUUAUCUUCCCAGGGUAGCUCCAAGUCAAUUGCUGUUCCUUCAAAACUGUACCACCCUCGGCCUUCUCUCCGGAAACCUCUCUCAGGCAUCCGCGUUUCCAUCAGCGACUUUACCUCACUCAAUGGCACAGGUUCGGCUUUAUCUAGCCGAGCCUGGGCGUCUCUUUACAGCACUCCCUCUAUGACCACAGCUGGUCACGCACGAAGUCUAAUUGAUCUUGGCGCGAUCAUUGUUGGCAAGACAAAGACGUCCCACCUGAGUACCGGUGUCGAGUGGGUGGAUGAGCAGGCCCCGUGGAGUGCAAGAGGCGAUGGAUAUCAGACGCUGUUCGGUCCAUCUGUGGGAGCUGCGGCUGGUUUGUUAGGAUAUGAGUGGCUGCAGCAGAGCAUUGGUUGCGAUGACCAUGGCUUAGCGGCCCAGCAUGGCCUCUAUUCAAUCGCCCCUUCUCUUGGCAGCGUCUCUUUCACUGGCAUCAUGAAAUCUUCCAUCUAUGACAAUGGACGUUUAUUCAGUCGCAACCUCAAGGACCUUCUUCAGAUGACCCCUACUCUUGGUAUCAUUUCUCUCGAGGUCAACUUACCCCAAAAGAUCAUAUAUCCGGUUGAUCUGCAUCCGACCCUGAAUGAGAGCCAACAACGCUUGGUGGACGAAUUCGUUUCUACUCUUGAGGAGUUCAUGCGAGUCAGGGUGGAAAAGGUCAAUCUCGGAGAGAUGUGGGCUAAAAGCCGCCCAGUUGAAUCCCGUGGGGAAGGGAUGCAAAUAUACAUGAAAGAUGUCCCGUUCCACUCAUGGUGCUACGAAUAUUAUCAUGCCUUUGAUGAUUUCAGAGAUGGGUAUCGCGAAAAGUUUCACAGGAACCCAUUCGUCGAGGCGACGCCUCAGUUCCUUUGGAACGUGGGUGAGUCGAUUACCAAAGACGAAUACAAGGAGCACAUGCAGCGCCUCAAGAUAUAUCGCGCAUGGUUCCACGAACACAUCAUGUCCUUAGAUGCAACCCCCAACGCUGAAACCAUCAUGAUCUUGCCCUGCGGGACUUCUGACACCCGGCACCGGGACGACACCACAAGUCCACCAACCACCUCCUCGGGGGUUACUCCCGAGUACCUGGCUUCCAUAUUGGGGGCACCGCAUCUAGCCGUCCCUUUCGCUCAGCUGCCUUACUACUCCCGCAUCAGUGGGAGAACUGAAUACCAACCUGUUUGCGUCUCUCUCAUGGGGAGCUUUGGGAGUGAAGUUGGAAUGAUUCGCCUCGUCAAACAGGCUUUUGAGCAGGCCCACUGGCCAACAGAGGUCAGCGCCGGACGCUUCGCCUUCCCUCUCGAGAAAGGCUCCCACGCUGCCAACAACGAGGAUCGGCUCCUCAUGUUACAACCUCAGGGCCUAUCGGAUGAACUGUGA